GCCAGUCCUGUACUAUCACAUAUUCUUCCUCGGUUCAGCGAGUAGUUUUUCUGUUUCUGCCUUUUUUAUCGCUCACCUCUGCUCAGUAUCUUUGUUGAGCUUCUCUAUUGACCAUGACUACAGGAGGUGAAAUCUCAGAGUUUUAUUAUGUAUUACCUAAUGACUCUUACCCUACAAUUAAUUAUAGCACAGACUAUGAUGGUUAUACCUGUGACUACUUUGGUGACUACUUACAAGAACAUGAGAAACACCAGGAAGUCUAUCGUGUUUUAAUCCCGAUACUCUACAGCCUGGUUUUUGUGGUUGGAGCAUUUGGCAACGGCCUAGUCCUCUACAUUCUAAGGAGGAGCCAUCGCUCACGAUCCAGCACUGACAAUUUCCUUUUGCACUUGGCAAUUGCCGAUUUGCUGAUGCUCUUUACUUUCCCCUUUGCUAUUACAGAGGCUAUGGUUGGGUGGAAAUUUGGAGAUUUCCUCUGCAAGGUUCUGGGAGCCAUCAGCCGUUUAAAUUACUACUGCAGUUGUCUUCUCCUAGGGUGUAUUAGUAUUGAUCGCUACCUAUCUAUAAUCUACGCCAUUCAUACCUUCAAGAAACGAAGCAUCGAGGCAGUCCACUUCUCUUGCUUUAUUGUAUGGAUUGUGUGCUUUUUGCUUUCAUUGCCGAACAUGUUUAUCUUGGGAUCCCACCAACUGGGCAAUUACACUUGGUGCGGCUACAACCAAAGCCACUUUCCCAGCAAUUCUUGGUGGCAAGUCGGAAGAUUUAUGAAUCACGUUGUGGGGUUUUUAGUUCCAAUGAUCAUCAUGAUCAUAUGCUAUUCCCACAUAAUAGUAACUCUAUGUAGGUCCCCAAGGCGUGAGAAGAAAAAAGCAGUCAGAGUGGCUAUAGUGAUCACCGUCGUCUUCUUUCUGUGCUGGACUCCAUUCAACGUGGCAGUAUUUCUAGAUACUUUGGAUCAAUACAAAUGGAUAGAUAGUUGUGCACUAAAGAACAAUCUGUCCAUGGCAAUAAUAGUCACAGAGGUAUUCGGAUAUGUCCACUGUUGUUUGAACCCCUUGCUUUAUGCAUUUGUAGGGGCAAAGUUCAGAAAUGAUGCUCUGAAAGUUGUAAAACGCUUGGGAUGCUUCAAAUCAAAGUUGCUUGACCGUGUCACAACAGUCAGCAGGAAGAGCAGCACCACGGAAUCUGAAAGCCGGACAGUCUUCUCCACCAUCUGAAGGGUUACGUGAUACUCCUACUAUGAUCAUCAAGCAUUGCCUAACAUAGUAAAGAAAUGCAGUGUAUUCUGUGCGCUAAUGUAUAACAUAUGAAUGACAGACGAGUAACCGCUAUAAAACAUCUACACCAUUUACACUGCCUACAUCAAUGUUUCUCGACCUUUUUAAGGACCUUCUAGGGACAAGAAGUCCCAACUGAGUACCGUAACCCCAAGAAACUGAUUAGUUAUGGAUGUUAAUAAAAUAAGGCUGUCCUCACACCGCUAUCAGAGGUUCUGUUCGGAGACUCCAUCCACAGUUCCUUUGAAUUUGACGGGAAGAAUAGUGCAGCAGGCAACGUUAUUCUUCUAAUUGAAACAAUGGAUACUAUGGUGGGAUCCGUGAUGGACCACACUAUAAGUGAAUAGGGUCCAUCAGUGUCUGGUGAGUGACAGUUCUAGCAUUAAAGGGAUUUUCCCGAAU